AUGGCUUCCACGACUUCCAACGCGGACGAAGCAUCCGAGCAGCCCAUCAGCUUCGAUCCCGUUCUCCGUCGCCGGGGCAAUAUCGCUCCGUGGCGUCAGACGCUGCAGGCUACCGACUAUCGUGUUAUGGGUGCUGCGGUCUGUUUAUCGGCUGAUGGUGUUCUCCUGUCUCCUGAAGAAAAAGCUGCCUUGUGGUGCUCUUUCAAUCAUCCUCCUGGCAUCCUAGUCCUUCACAGGUGGAGAAACGGCCGUCUCCCCAUCUCACAGCUCGCUGGAUACAACGGCAUGUAUGGAGACGCACUCGUCAAUUUCACAGAUACGGUUGUCUGUGAUAUCAUCCCUCAAGGGCUGCUCUUUGUUGCCAGCAAAUAUAAUUUGGCUGUCAAGCCCCUGCUUCCUAGGGACAUUAGCAACAUACUCCCGGGGCUUUCCACAGAUAUGGCCACGCUAUAUACCGAUAUACUAUCAAGAUGGGACGUCUCAGCUCCGGCCCCAAGGAUGAUCGGUCCCACUGAACUGGUCUUAGAAUACACCCGUAGCCACACACUGAAGAGUCUGAUCGAUACGAUUGUAGACUCACUUACUGUUCCUACUUUUCUGCCCAUUACGCGAAACAUGAUCAUCAAGACAGACGACGAGCAGGACAUCAUAGACGCACCCGCGACUAUUUUGGCCCAUGCGAUUCAAAUCCUCUUGUUCGCACCGACUCGUUGGAAUCCAGAUAUCGUCUACAGGCGUAACUCCAGCGAAUAUACCCACAGAUAUCCGACGCCUGCUGGCCAUGGCGGUAACAUCCGUACGGUUGCAGGGAAAUAUAGCCUCGAAGACCUGCACAGGUCCAUACUCCUGAUGUACCUCGCUAUAUUUCGACGUAAAUCGGACUUUAGGGGAUUUGACCGACAUCCUUCACAAUUGGAGGCAUUCUUGGGAUACUUUGACAUUCCGGCACGUGAGCCGAUCCCAGAUAGUAUAUCAACAUAUACCUACCCAUAG